UUUGACACCAAUGGUUAUCUUGUACUAAUUAUAGAGCGUACAUAUAACAGACACUGAAAAUCUUGCACCAGAUAUCAAGGAAUAUUUUAAGGAAAUGAAGGUAUUCUUGCUGGCGGUCUUGUGUCUCUCAGCACAUACUGUUGUAUGUCGCCUGAGUAUCAGCGGGGAUCACUUCUACGAGGGCAGCACGAGGGUGUUCCUCAGCGGUGUCAACGCUGCUUGGGUCUACCUCGGCACCGACUUCGGUAACAACCAGCUUGACAGCUACAGGCUCUCCAAAUACACCGACUACAUCAAACAGGUUCAGUCCAACGGAGGAAACUCCAUACGUAUCUUCGUGCAUGACAACUGUGAGACUACGCCAGACAUAGACUCCAACGGUAUCACCCAAGGCCCGGACAAAUCUGGAACGCUCAUCAGCGACCUUAAGAAGAUCCUUGACGUUGCCGAAACUAACAAUGUCCUCGUCUUCUUUGCUCUCUUCAACGGUGCCCAGAAGAAGACCGACCACUGGAAGCUCCAGGGCAUCAUCGCAGACGACAACAAGAGACAGAAGUACAUCGAGAUGGCCCUGCAGCCUAUGGUGAAGGCCCUGGGCAACCACAAGGCCCUCGGAGGCUGGGACAUCAUGAACGAGAUGGAGGGUAUCAUUAAGGUCGAGGCUCAUGCAGGGGACAGCUGCUUUGAUACCAGCUUCUUACUCAAGUCCGGGGCGGGUUUUGCUGGGGCAACCUACAGCGCUCAGGAUCUACAAAGGUUUCUGAACCACCUGGCCAAUGGUAUCAAGCAGGCAGACAGUGCUGCGCUGAUCACAUCCGGGUCAUGGAACCCAAUAUCCAACACGGACAUGUUUGGUUCUCAAAACCUGUACAAUGAUAGCUGUCUCCGCAAAGCAGGUGGAAAACAACAGGGGGUCCUCUCCUUCUACUCUACCCACACCUACGCAAAGGCAGAUACGUGUCAGUGUCACUAUGACAACAUCUCGCCCUUCCACGGAGCUGGACAUCACAAGAGUGACUAUGGCCUGGAUAAGCCCCUUGUAAUCGCCGAGUUCAGUGAGAAGAAGGGGGACGGGUGGACCGCGAGCCAGCAGUUUAACCACGCCUACUACUACGGGUAUGCCGGGGCGUGGGGGUGGCAGUACAAGCAGGAGUCGUCUGAUGCUGACGAGGACACUGCGGCCGUCAUCAACGCCGGGCUCCAGUUCCUUAAGGGCAAGACAGACGCCAGCAACGGAGGAACAGUCAAUUUUCAUUUGUGAUUGAUAUGUGUUGUGGUGAAAAGAAAAAUAAUUAAUAUUGUAUGAUA